CGUGCUGCCGUUGAUCCGGGACGUGGAGAGAAAGGUAAACACGGCGGCAGGGAAGCGGCCGAUUAGUCCGCUGUUUUUAAAAAAAAAUAACUUACGGUGCGGCGGAACUCCACCCGGCUGUCUCCCGACACCCAACCAGUUAGAGGCAGGUGCCGGGUACCGGAGCCAAGUGAUCAUUGAACCAUGGGGAAAAAUCUAUCUCGUUUAUCACUGCACAAACCCAUGAGUGAAAGCAGUGGGUCUGGCACAUCAAUAACUGACAGGGAUAAACUGGAUAUUUCAGACAAUCAGGAUGAAGACUCCGGUAGAAAUGGGGAUGUGUCCCAGUUUCCAUAUGUGGAAUUCACAGGCCGAGACAGUGUUACCUGUCCAACGUGUCAAGGAACAGGAAGAAUUCCAAGAGAUCAAGAAAACCAGCUUGUGGCCUUGAUUCCUUACAGUGAUCAAAGACUGAGACCAAGACGGACGAAACUGUAUGUGACAUCAUCAGUAGUACUUUGUUUGCUGCUUUCUGGACUAGCAGUAUUUUUCCUCUUCCCACGAUCUAUUGAUGUGAGUUACGUUGGUGUAAAGUACAUUUAUGUCAGUUAUGACGAAGUCAACCGGGUAGUUUAUCUCAAUAUCACGAGCAUUUUAAACAUUACCAAUAACAACUUCUAUUCGGUGAAUGUGGCAAACAUUAGUGCUCAAGUACAAUUUUCGAAAACAGUUAUUGGAAAAUCACGGAUAAGCAAUAUUACAAAAAUUGGACCUCUAGACAUGAAGCAGAUUGACUAUUCUGUUCAUACUGUAAUAGGAGACCAAAUGAACUACAUGUAUGACUACUGCACACUGACAUCAAUCAAAGUACAUAACAUUGUGAUUAUGAUGCAAGCAACUGUUACUACGUCCUACUUUGGACAUACAGAACAGGUUUCACUUGAAAGGUAUCAGUAUGUGGAUUGUGGAAGAAACACCACCUAUCAUUACAAAAGAUCAGAAAAUCUCAACCUUGCACAGCUACAUAACUCGCCUAGUCUGACUACUUAGAAUUUAAAAGCCGUCAGUAACCAACAAACCAUUAAUACAAUAAUCGGGCACGCUAGGUGUUCUAAAUGAUACGUGUGAAGUGAAUUUGAUUUAUAACUGAAAAAUGACUGUAUAACUGUACAAACGGCUGCAUGAUGUCUCAGUAUAGAUUAACUGGGUUAAAGUAAACUGGUUGUUUUAUUCUCCAUGUUUAAAGUUGUCAUAUGGUUCAAGGAAAUAUUUAAACAGGUUUUUAUCAGGUGAGCUAUGCUUUUCUGUAUUGGUGCUCAGUUUGUUGAAUGAACUCUGUAUUGACACAAAUUUAUUUAAAUUAGCACAUUAAAGGUUACUAGAAGAAUAAGUUAGCAAGCUGUUUCUGUGAUGGUUCAAUUCAUGCAUAGUGAAUGGGAUAAUAAUAUCAUAUUUUCACACUUAAUUCUUAAUUCUAACAGAAGAAUUAUCCUAAAAUUCAUUGUGGAAACACUGUCACUUUUUAUUGUUCUUAAGAAUGUGAUCACAUUAUGAUUGAGGAAAGUUUCACCUUAAAACAUUUAAAACAUAGAUUCCAUACAAGAACAAUCAGCAUAAGAUAUUUAGAUUGUUCUUUUUACUGGAUCACAAGCUUUAUAACUAGCCAUAUUAGACAAUGUGAUUUGAUAUCUUAAAUAUUAGGUGAGAAUUAGAAUCAUUGUUAGAAUGGUUGUACAAGAGUUCAUUGAGCAAAGUUAGGCAUCAGUAGUUUAAUUUAUGACCUAACUAGCUAUUACAUUUAUUGUUUACCAGGCAGAAAAGUGCAUUGUUCUAUUAUUUCAAUUGAGAUCUUUGCUUGUCUUUACCUGUAAUUAAUUGAACAGUCAUCCAGAUCAACUAAGGGAACUUAGCUUGCCUGCCCUGUUUUAAUAAUGUGGUGAAAGCAUAUUCCUAUGGCUUGCCACAACUGAGCAUGCAGCUGGGUAUAUUGAUCAUUGAAUCCUAUUGUUUAAAUGACAUCUGUUAUUUUUAAAUUCGGUAACUGAUGUCAGUGACAUUACUUCAUCAUUAUGCACUUUAAUGUUUAGAACUCAAGUUGUCAGAUUCUGGGAAGAAUCAAAAUUUAAAUCUGAACAGAAAUUAUAGAGGUUUAGCUGGUAUCUGUGGUACAUUUGACAAAAUCUGUAAGUUAUUGAUGUUUAGAUUACAAAAAUAAAACCAGCUAUCUUAGUGGCUUGGUGAAUUAGAUUUGCUUGUAGACAGAUAAAUGUAAUAAUGAAUGCUGGUACAGUUUUUUAAUUCAUUUGUUUUUCUGCAUUGUGUAAGAUGUUUUUCCACCUCACAACUUUUAUCUCUAAACCAGAUUUGGGGGCCUUCAGACAAACUGGCCUGUGAGUCAAGUGCCUAUUAUGCACACUGCCUGAUAGUAUUGAAAUUAAUAGAAAAGAACAAAAAAAAUCAGGUGUGUAUAAUGGACUACCAGUCUGCUGCACUGAAAUUAAAAAUAGCCCCUUUUUUGCUGGAUUGCAGUAUUAAGAAUUAUAUUGAAUCGUUUCAUUGAUAGUUGUUUUGUAGUAGAUCUUGCAAAUUGAGAUUUUUGUGAUCUUUAUUUGUUAAUUAUGAUAUCCAUCAGUCUUCCCCCCCAUUAUUGUGGUUGCAUAUUUGGUUUUGAUAACUAAAAUCUAAACUUGUUUGCAGGAAAAUGCUUAAACUGCAUUAACAAACUAUUUUAAUUACAGAUAAGAUCUCUUGCGAUUAAGUAUGAUUAUAGUCAGAUUUGUGAUUGAACCACUUAGCUCAUAUGUCACACUAUGCUCUUGACACCCUGGUUAACAGUUUUUUUUGUGCUUGUUAGUGUUGAUAUUGCAAAUGAUUGCAGAUAGCCUCUGAACUUCUAUUGUUCUGUUAAUACCUCACAACCCUAAUACUGACCUGAAAAUAUUUAUACUAAUAUAAACUUAUUGAGUUUUACAAUCUUGACAUGUUUAAGAUUUCUGCAUUAGAAAAGGGAUAUUUUACUUUCUAACUCAAAAUAAACUGUUUUUAAAGGCUGA